AUGCAAAAAUUUAUACAAGAGUUGAGUUUGGAAUUUGACUUGGAAUCAAUCGAAGUUACUAACAGAAAUAGAGAGCAGGGUAUACUUGAUAACACUGAAAAUGAAGCUAUUGAACUGGCCUAUAUGUAUCAAAAUACAAGAAAGGCUAAAAAGAAUACUAUUCACGCUAAGCAAGAAGAAAUUUUAAGUUGGUAUCAUUAUGCAAAAAGCUUUGAAAAAAGAUUUUAUGAUGUCUUAUCUAAUUGCAAAAAUACUAAAAGAGCGGAUAACUUAGCAAGAAUUCAGAUUUAUGAUGAAAUCUGGAAUCGUCUUUCCGGCGUCUUAC